AUGUGCGUCGUGCCAACAAAGCAGAUCUUCCACUGUUUCGUCUGCGGCGCCGGAGGUGAUGUCUUCACCUUCGUCCAGCGCUACCACUCAAUGGACUUCCGCGAAUCUCUCCAGUUCCUCGCCGAGCGCGCCAACAUCGAACUGACACCAUUCAAUCCAUCACGAUCAAGCAACUCGGAUACACAGCAAUCAUCCGGACUGAGCAAGCAAGACAUCAUGAACGCCAACGAGCAAGCGCAGUCUUACUUCCGCGCCCUGCUCACGCACCCCGAGCACGGCCAAACCGCUCGCGAUCUCAUCGAACGCCGAGGAAUCAACGCCGACAUGGUCGAGCGCUUCGGGAUCGGUGUCAGCGCCGAUCGCUGGGACGGGCUGCUCAUGACCAUCGAGUCCAAGGGAUACAACCCCAGAGCAUUCUCAGAAGCCGGCCUGCUCAAAACCAGAGACAACGGCGGACAAUACGACGCGCUCCGCAAUCGACUCAUCUUCCCCAUCUGCGACCAGAUAGGUCGCGUCAUCGGAUUCGGAGGGCGCCGAAUCAACGACGAGGACGACCCCAAAUACCUCAACAGUCCCGAAACCGUCGCGUUCAACAAAUCAAGAACCCUCUACGGCCUCAACAACGCGCAACGCGCCAUCAAACGCGAACGCGUCGCCGUCGUCGUCGAAGGAUACACCGAUGUCAUCGCAUGCCAUCAGCACGGCGUCGAACAUGUCGUCGGAACACUCGGGACUGCACUCACCAAGGGACACGCCACCAUCCUCCGCCGACUCUGCGACACCGUCGUCCUCCUCUUCGACGGCGACGAAGCCGGACAACGCGCCGCAGAUCGCGCCAUCGAAGUCCUCUUCUCCGAAACCAUCGACAUCAAGAUCGCCGCACUCGCGGGAUACACCGACGCGAAAGACCCCGACGAACUCCUCGCACGAGACAACGGCUCCAAAAUCUUCAGACAAGCCAUCAAUGGUGCCGUCGAUCUGCUUAAAUGGCGCUUCGAUCGACUCCGCGCUGAACUCACCGGAGCGAAUCCCGCUCGCGUCACGCAACGCAUCGAAGAAGAAAUCCGCACGCUCCUCGAUCUAGGAAUCGAGAAACUCAGCCCGAUGCGCCGUCAGCUCAUGAUCCGUCAGAUCGCCGGAGCCGCCGGAGUUUCUGAGCAAGUCGUCAAAGCAUCGAUGCGAUUGGGUCGGCGCGUUCCCGCAUCAAUCGAACCCAAAGCAGCGACCCAGCAGCAAGCGGAUCGUCCGCUCACCCCACGCGAACUCAUGCUCGGAUGUUUACUCAACGACGAGAAACUCUGGUUGACGAUGACUUCCGACGAGCACGACCUGCUGAUGACGACCUCGAUCGAGUCUCCAGAGUCCGCGUAUGUCGCGCAGGCGCUCCACGAGAGCGUUGCGAAUCGGACAGGGACCGGACUCCACGCCGUGCUCUCUGAGAUCACCGAGAUGCUUGCCGAUGGGACGAUCCAGUCCGGCAAUCCAGACAACCCUCUCGAUCCCGCCGGAAGAGAGUCCAAGGUCCGUGUUUCAGAGGCUCAGCAGGACGACGAAAUGGAAGCGCUGCGCUGGUUGAGCUUCGAAGAACUCAACAACAUCCUCCCUGACGAGUUCGUCGAUCCAGUCGCGAUCCACAACAUCCUCGCACUCAUCGAUGACUCAGGAAUCGAACUGGUCGACGAGAUGGAGUUCCGAGGACGCGUCUUCCGCGCCAAGCGCUCCGGAGACGCCAAGACCCUUGAGAGCAUCCAGCACCUCGACACCGAGUUCCGCGCCAUGUCCGUCCCGGGCGGCGAAAACCUAGGCAACAACGAAUCCCUACGAGUCCGCAUCAACGCCCCGCAUUUCAAUGACACCGUCAUCCUCAACAGCGAUGAUCUCAAGCAAGCGGACAAGGAUGUCGAAGAAGCCAAAGGCAUGAACGACCGCGUCGUGCAGCGUGAUCUCGACGAAGCGAUCAAUGCUGAAGCUGAUCGACGCAUGGACGACCCUGUCCGAAUGUACCUCUCGCAGAUGGGGACUAUCCCGCUCCUGACACGCGAAGAAGAAGUCCGCCUUGCGAAGAAGAUCGAAACCACACGAAUGAUCUUCCGCCGACGCUGCCUCGAGUGCGACUACAUCAUCGCGCAAGCCGUCGAAACGCUCAAGCUCGUCAGCGAUGGACAACUCCCGUUCGACCGCACGAUGCGCACCAGCACGCUCGACGAGAACGCGAAAGAAAAACUCCUCGUCCGCAUCCCAUCGAACCUCCCAACAAUCGAAGCGCUCCUCAAAAAGAACCGCGCCGACUGGGAAGAACUCGAAGGCCUCCGCCACGACGACGGCACCGUCCACGAAACCAAAAAAGCACGCGAGAUCCAAGAUCGCAUCGCCCUCCGUCGCAGAAGAAUGUCCGCGCUCGUCGAGGAACUCUGCCUCCGAACAGGACGCAUCGUCCCGUUGAUGCGCAAGAUCAAGUCCAUCUCCGAGAAGAUGGAAGCGCUCCAAGCCGAGAUGCUUUCCGCCGCCAAGUACCCCAAAAAGUACGACGAGGAAGACCUCGAAGUCAUGCGCAUGGAACUCGACGGCCUCCGCGCUCUGGUCCUCGAAGACCCCGCAGAGCUCGCGACCCGCAUCGACCGCAUCUCCACCGUCUUCUGGGAAUACGAACAAGCCAAACGUGACCUCUCUGGUGGCAACCUCCGCCUCGUCGUCUCGAUCGCCAAGAAAUACCGCAACCGUGGUCUGAGCUUCCUCGAUGUCAUCCAGGAAGGCAACACCGGACUCAUGCGAGCCGUGGACAAGUUCGAGUACAAGCGUGGAUACAAGUUCUCCACCUACGCGACCUGGUGGAUCCGCCAAGCGAUCACCCGCUCGAUCGCCGACCACGCGCGCACCAUCCGCAUCCCGGUCCACAUGAUCGAGACCAUGACGCGCCUGCGCAACAUCCAAAAACAAAUCAAACAACAGACCGGCGUCGAGCCAUCCCCACAAGAGCUCGCCGAGAAAGCGAAGAUGACCACCGCCGAGGUCGCGCGCGUGCUGAGCAUCUCGACCCACCCCGUCUCGCUCGAUCGCCCUGUCGGUGAAUCCGAGGACUCGAACUUCGGUGACUUCCUCGAAGACACCAACCAGAGCACCCCAGACCAAGCCGCGGGACAGGAUGCGCUCAAGCAGCGCAUCGAGAUGGUCCUCAAAACCCUCUCCUACCGCGAGCGCGAGAUCAUCAAACUCCGCUACGGCAUCGGAGACGGCUACACCUACACACUCGAAGAAGUCGGACGCAUCUUCAAGGUCACCCGCGAGCGCGUCCGCCAGGUCGAAGCCAAAGCGAUCCGCAAGCUCCAGCACCCCGUCCGCUCCCGCAAGCUCGGCGGAUAUGUCGACGACCAAGCAAAAUAA